UAGUCGCCGCUCGUCCUCCACGUUGGAAGGACGUUGUGCGCGUCUGUUUUCCGUCGAUAUUGUAUCCACAAGAACUCGUCUAAUCUUUUGGCAAACUGACGUACUCCUUUCAGUUAGUGUUUAUCAAAGAAAAGUGGUCUAGUGCAGUGAACUAAAUCUUAAGAUGUGGCAAUUAUAAGUGAAGUGUUGAAAUGAGUGCAGAAUUAAAUAAAUGAACGAACGAGGCGAAGCUGUGUCGACGAGAAAGAGACAAAUGGAAAGACAGUGUUGGGAUAACGUGAUCUCAUGAACAGCGGUACGUAAAUUUCGAUCUUCUUAAGAUCGAAAAUCCGAUUAUGGGACAUGAGCAACGAGCACGAUCCGCGAGUGUCUGGGAAAUUUGAGCGUAGCUAUCAAGGUCAAAGGAAGGUAGGCCAUUCUUCGAGAACGAUUGACACGGUUCAAAAUGUGUUGGAUCGAGAGCCGGUUGAAAAUUUGUCGGAAGUUGGCGUGCGAGGAAGAAUCGGCGAGCCAGCAAAGUAUUCCCAGAGCGCGGCGGAGACGGAUUCCCAGAAAGACUCGUCUUGGCAGACAAUUCAAGUUUCUCACGAUGGUUUUCUUCCAAGGAACAGCGAAAGUUGCUCGGAAUGUAUCGACGGCGAAGCAGGAAAUCUUACGUGGAAAACAAAGGGAAACGUCGCGGAACACCGUGAUUUACAGGCCGUUUGGAAUUUGAAAGCGGCCUCGUCGAAAAGCAGCGAGGACAGGCAACUGUUAUUGGGGAUAAACGAAAAUCUGCCGGCAGAUUUGAAGGAAAAAUACUUCUGGCGACCAGAGGCAAGCAAUUCGCAGAAAAUGAGUGAAUAUUCCUUCGCUGACACAAAGGAACGUUCUCGGACUAACAACCGAGCGAGUUCCAUAGGGACCGGCGACUCGCAAAGUCGCUGCAAGUCGAGAGAUCGUGAGAAUCAUCAGUGGAAAUUGCAAGCCAGUUCUCCUUUAGCACGAACUCCCACAUUCUCGAAUUUGGCGUUGGACGUGUCUUACGCAGGGUUGGACAUCUCUGGUUUCCUGGAUACCGAAUCUUCCAGGAGGCUCGAAACUGAUCCGCCCGAGUUCUGGGAAGACUUCAGCGUGGUCGAGUGCCUGGAGAACAAAUUGUCGUCGUACGACGAAAGUACGCCGGAAGAACGAGUGGAGGCGCUGAAAGAGGUUUUGGCGGAGACCGAUAUACACGAAGGCGAUGGAAUCGUGUCAGACUUUCUAUUUCACGUUGCCAAAACGAAAUAUGGCAAGAUAUAUAUCAGAGUUAUCAGAACAUUGCUCCUUAAUCGAGUUUUAUGUAGCAACCGGGUGAGCCAAAUGACCAAGACCUAUAAUGACAUAGAAGCAGUUACAAGGCUUCUGGAGGAGAAAGAAAAGGACUUGGAACUAACCGCACGUAUCGGUAAAGAACUUCUAUCGCACAAUCAAAAACUCGAAGCAACAGUUACCAGUUUAGAGACCGAUUUAAAGGAAGCCAAUGAAAAUAUUACUCAACUCACGCACGAACUCGCAAAAAAGACAGAAUUAAUCCAAAUAUUAACAAAUGAUGUUGAAGAAUCAGGUUCCGAAGCCGGUUCGCCCACCGGACUUCGCAGUAUCAACCUGGACAUGAUGCAGAAAAAGAUCAGCUGCCUCGAGGAUGAAAAUAAGCAAUUAAGAACUGAAUUCGCGAAAUUGAUGCACGAUGCCGACAAUUCGGAGGAACAAGAGGCAAAACUUGUCAAAGAUAUUGCCGCUCAACUCGCAACUGCAAAUAUGGAGGUAAAUGGAAUAUCGGAUGAGCUUGAUAAACAGAAGGAAGAAAAUCGAUUGCAACAUGAACAAAUUACCAAUUUGACAGCAAAACUAACUAAAACAGAACUGAGAUUGGCGCAGUUGAUGGCUGAGCAUGAUGAAAUGAGCACUACUUUGCACAUCACCAAGGAUAAUCAAAACACUCUAGCGAACGAGUUGGCUGAAUUCAAGGAACGAUAUGCUGAGGUGAUAAAUUUAUUGACGGAAACUCAAGAACAAUUACGAAAACAAAGACACAGAGGUAUGCCAACUGUUAGGGGAGGCUCUUUGUUUCCUUCGUUGGGUGCUGUUCCACAAGCAGACUCUAUCGCUUCAGAAUUGGAAUCAUCGCUUUAUUCUGAAUUCAGUUUGGAUUCUGGCAUCAUUGCAGAUAGGAUACCAACAUAUAAGAAAGUUUUUGAAACAGUGAGGAGCGCAUCAAGAAAUACAUCUUAUCCAGCUGAUGCAAAUCAAUUCCCACGAAUAGGUUCAAUGACAGUAUCAACUCUAUCAAGCAGUUCUACUGGACUACGAAUGAGUUGUGGUCAGCCUCGACCUGUGGCAUCAGUUCCUGGUGUGGAUUCCAUUGCACAUAGCGAUUCAGAAGAGUUUGAAGAUUAUCCAGGUCCACAAAAAGUAGGAGUGCCAGGUGCUCCUGGUGCAGCAGAUUUGGAAGUAGCACUCCGUAGAUUAACACCUGCAGAAGUUCUUACAAGGCGUGCUUGUCUCAGCACUGGAACAGGAUAUAGUUAUGACUAUGAGGCUGGAAUGCAUUCACCUUCCACUUCCGCACCUCAUGGUUGUAGAACUCCAGACAGUAUUAUGUCUACGGGAAGUAGUGGAAAUUUAAGUGGCUAUGGUGGAAAUACUUGGAGAGUUCCUGAGAAGUUACAAAUAGUGAAACCUAUUGAAGGUUCUCAAACUUUACAUCAUUGGACUCGAUUAGCUACACCUACACUAGGUUGUCUUUUAGAAGAACGGCCAGGAGUAAAAACAAGAGGAGGUCGAGGCCUGGAGGAUUUAGGCCUAGUUACUUUUACUUUAAGCGAUCUUGAAGAAGAUGAAGAAUAUAGUAACCCUGGAAAAAUUUUUCAAGAUACAGGUUCCAUAUAUACAUUCACCAAUAGUACUGUACUUCAUCCUGAUGAUCACAGAAAUGUCACUCCAAGUAUUGUGGAUAGUACUGGCGAAACAGCACCUAGUAGUGGUUUAAAUUCUGGUAUGAGUACUCCAAGCACGUUAAGCAGAAAAAAUUCAACUUCAACUUCAACAUUUUCAACAACCCUUGGUCUUGCAAAAAUGUUAAACGAAAGAGGUAUAAAAGCUGCAUCACCUUCUUCAUUAACGCCGAGUGGAGAGAGGAAUUAUACGCCCACUGCAACACCUUGCAAUAGUCCUGAUGCUAGUCCUCCAGAUAGUCGAUCUAGUACACCAACACCAGAAGGUGGACUUUCUUUAGGGUUAUUAUCCAGUGGAGCUGAAUUGUUAAAGAGAACAUUCGGUGGAGAAACUCAGGCAAAGAGAAAACGACCCGAAUUAUCCAGAUCAGAUAAAAAAGCUCUUACCAGUAUCCGUUUGGUUGAGAAACUUGAAAGAAUAGGCAUUGACACAAUAAUGGCUUCAACAUAUGGUUCAUCUUUCUCCCCAUUAGUGUUACAAGGUUCUUUAUAUGCCAGGCAUGGUAGUGUAAGCCCCAUGGCUCAGUUAACUUUCCUGAGAAACUCCAUGAGUGGGAAUCAAGAGAAACUUUCACCUUCUUCCACUGCUAGUGAUUCCUCGACGACAAAACGAAACAUAAUUGAUAAAAAACAAGACGAGUCUAUACCAAACAGAGAAUCUAGACAAAGAAGAACUAGUACUAGGGCCAUGAGAUCUGAUCUCGGACAGGUGGUUACAUCUGCUGCAGCCCCUGUUACGUCUGCAAAAGAAACUCCUCCUGCGCAAUCCGCUUUGGGAAGUAUUAGCUCGCUGCUGUUUGGACGAAAGGGUGGAUUACUUUGAAACCACUGUUUAUUGAGUAUUGACUAAAUUAUAAAGGAAAAGCCAGAUAAGUUUUUAACAGAACGUAAUAUACGAUUGUCGGAGCGGUGAUAAAAUGAACAAUUUACUUCGUUUCAUCUGUAUCACAGUUGUUUUAUCAAAAAAUGUCGAUAAAAAUCUCUAUUUUAUUCACAGACAGUUCACGAUGUAGCUAAAGAAAAUACAAAAUUUAAUUUUUAAUGUACCAAAAAAAAAAAAAGAAAGAAAGAAGAAAAAGGAACGAAGUUAAAUAUCAUACACAAGCUUACGUACCAUUAAUUAUGUGUCCUAAUAUUAAAUCUUUGCGCUCGAGGACUUUUUCAGUCGGGCGAAGUAGCAAUUCGAGAUGAUUUAGCGCAUACGUGACACGUGCUAGUGUACUGCUAGUGUAAAAUGAUUUUAUACACUAAUUGACGUACGAAAACAUUAUAUUCUAAUAAUAUAUAUAUAUAUAUUUACAUCUUUGAAAAUAUGAUUUUGUAAUAAUUAAUUUCUGUAUUUCUUUGUAUCGUACUUUAUGUAUGUAUCGUACUCGUGCAUUCUUGAGUACAAUUGAUCUCAUUUCUCAAUAGCUCAAAAUCAAGUUCAUCUUCAUUUGAACUAAUUUCACUUCUGAAAAUCAUUUUUUAGUACUUCUAAAUUAUAACACUUUUGCCAUCCGAAUUAACAUCGGAGACGUUGAUAGAAUCAUAGUUUCGGAGGGAUUUAGGAUUAAAUAUUUUAUCUCCAUUUUAAAGUGUAAUACUUUAUACUUCCUAACAAAGAAUAUAAAGAGCUAAGUCGUAUUUACGACUGUCGCCUCUCGAGCACAAAGGAUUAAAAUUGGAAGUAAAUUGAAUAUGCUUUUAUUUUAUAGUACUAUUUUAUACAGAACAGAAUAAUACGUCCGUUUACAUUAUAAAGAUACAUAUUUAGUGUCAAGCUUGAGAAUCUGAUGUUACUUAAUGUUAUUCUUCUUUUGUACGCACUAUAAUGUUAUUGUUGGACACUAAUUGACAAUAUCCUUAUUUUCAAUUUCUGUGAAAUAUUGUGAAAUAUCGCAUCGCUGGCCAGUACUAUUUAAAUUAACUUAACAUUCCUACUUAGCUAUUUUUUUCGCUCUUCUUUUUAAGUUUCACUUUUGAUAUUAUAUGUUUCUUCUGCGUGAAUAUUGAGAAAUAUUUGAAAUAUUAUUUGUUUAGACUAUAAAUUUAUAACUCAAUAUUUUUAAAUAUUUGCAUGGAAAGGUAUUACAUGAAAAACGAUGUAACGUAUUCCUAAAAUUACAGUAUUAUAUUCGACUAUAGAAAUAUUUAAUUUAAAGCUUUUAAAUGAUCAUUUUAUCAACGCUCCGACAUAUUGUAAUUACGAAAAUAAUUGAGAACCUCCAUAUUUUAAUUUUACACAGCAGCUAUUUUACGUUUAUUAGAUUAAUUUUUAAAUGAUUUGUUGUACAUAACUAAUUCAUAUGUGAAAAAGAAAAAUCUUACUUAAUCGAAGAACAAACCAAAAACUUGUAAAUGAUUAUUUUUGGUAUCUAUUGUUAUGUGAAUAUCAAUGUAGAGGCGCGUGCGAGAAAAAAGUAAUUUGGAAUUAUUAAUUUACACAUAUAUGAAAACCAGAUGGGUAUUAGGGAGGUGUAUUAUGUGAAUUAAUUUACAUUGUAUAGAGAAUAAUAGCAUAUUGUAGUUAAUACUUAAAAUGACUUAGAACGUUGCAAUCAUGUAAUGCGAAAUGUUACAUUACUCAAUGCGAUUUUUAUCAGUAAUGACAUUUCUUGUUACCAUUGAAAUAGUCGAAACAUAUUUUUUAUGUGAAAUUUUUUUUAAUAUUGUGCAUUAUUUUUUUUAGUUAGAGUAAUAUUCUUCAUUUUAAAGAUUAUUUGAAUCAAAAUUGAUUCGUUUCAGCCGCGUCACUUUGAUAUAUUUAUUUAUCUUUUAUGCCAAAGUGUCCAAAAAAGAGAAAAAAACGAGACAGUUACCAAAAAAAUGCAAGGUCAAUAAUGCACGUAAAAGAAUAUAAAUGACUUCAUAUAUAAUAACAUGAUAAAACAAAAUUAAUUUAUAACAUAAUGAUUCAGAUUGCGACAAGUAAAUAUGAUCACACUAAUUA